UUAGGGUUGGGCUUGUUAGUAUUCUGGAUGGAUCACCUUUGGGACGGGCUAAGAGAGCUGGCGUUGUUCAGCCUUGCAGAAUGCUCUGGGGAGCUCUUAGGGCCACUUCCAUUACUUAAAAGAGGCAUAUACGAAAGAAGGAGAGUAACUUUUGUAACUUUUUACGUGGGCAGAUAGUGAUGCGGCAAGGGGGGAUGUUUUUGAACUAAAAGAGCAGAGAGUUAGAUUGGAUGUUAGGAAGAAAUCCUUCUCUGUGAGGGUGGUAAGGGCCUGGUACAGGUUGCCCAGAGAAGCUGUGUCUUCCCCAUCCCUGGAAGUGUCCAAGGCCAGGUUGGAUGGAGGUCUGAGCAACCUGGUCUAGUGGAAGGUAUCCCUUACCCAUGGCAGUUGUGAUGAGAUGGUGUUUAAGGUCCCUUGCAACCCAAACCUCUUAUAUGAAUAGUUGGGGCGAGCUAUAAUUAAAAGCCGAUACUCACAGUUGAUGUUUAAAAUGAAAUAAACUAGACAAGGGUACAAUGACCUGUGUUUUUCCCAGUUUUCCUCCUUACCCAGAACAUCCUACAAGAAAGGAUGAGAUUAAAGCCAGAGCACAUCUGCAUAGAGGACAGUGAAAUUAAACCUGCCCGUUGAAAGGCCUUAAACUGGGGAAAGGCAAGAUGAAACCUCGGCUGUGUGUGUGACCAUGUGCCUCUCUCCUCAGAGGGCUGGUGGUGAUGAGGGCAAACAGAUGUGGGCUGUGGCCUGAGAUGCUGCAUGGGCUUGAGGGGAAGAGUAAAAUGCUGAGGGUGGCCAUUGUUUCCAAACUUUCUCAGCUCUUUCAGUUUUAAUCCAAUAUUUUCCCAAACUCUGUUGUUAUGUAACACUUAAGGUCGUUGUAUUUUGCGUUUGUGGGAAUGGGAGGGAUGGUUAAAGAGGCUGAGAUAUUUCCUAUCUCGGGUGGUAAUUUUGAUUGAAUUAUUUUGCUUAAAUGAACAUUUUACUUUGGAAUAAAUUGCUGGCUGAUUUCUGGUUAGUGCCUGUCACUUGUGUGCCUUGUGCUGAGCGGUGGAGCAGAUUGCAGCAGCCUCGCCAGCUUUGUGUGGAGUGUGCUCGUAUUUGUUGACCUUUACCCACUCGCAGCACAGCACUCAGCACUGCUUUCUUCUUUAACAUCGAGCACGUAUUCCCAUUGACCACAGCUGCAAGCAAGUCCUCCCACUUCAGGUUGUGAGUCCACCCAAGAAUGGAUAAACGUAAGCAGCCUUAUGUUAACCAGAAGACCAGCCUUGAAAAGUUCAGUCCUGAAAUUCUUUCUGAAAUUGAGAAGCUCUUUGCAAAGAAGUUUACUUACACUAAGCCAGUGAAUGAUGAAUGGAAGCUGCCAGAUCCCAGCAAUGCUUUUACGUGUGAUCAUGUGGAAUUUCACUCACUCCUGGCUCUGAAGGACUCAAUGAAUGAAGUGAAGAACCAACUGAGUGAUAAGAACCUGGAGGAUUGGCAUCAGCACACCUCAUUUACCAAUAAAGCAGGGAAAAUAAUAUCACAUGUGAAGAAAUCUGUGAAUGCUGAGCUCUGUACCCAGGCAUGGUGCAAAUUUCAUGAGAUUCUGUGCAGUUUUUCUCUUCUCCCAGAAGAAGCUCUUCAAGAUGGAGAACUGAAUUCUGUACACCUCUGUGAAGCACCUGGAGCUUUUAUAGCCAGCCUUAACCACUUCUUGAAGUCCCACCAUGUCCCUUGCCACUGGAAUUGGGUGGCUAAUACUCUAAACCCUUAUCAUGAAGCCAAUGACAUCCUUAUGAUGAUCAUGGAUGACCGUCUGAUAGCAAACACCUUACCUUGGUGGUACUUUGGCCCAGAUAACACUGGGGAUGUGAUGACAUUAAGACAUCUAACAGGACUUCAGAGCUUUGUGAGCACUAUGACCACAGUCCACUUGGUAACUGCUGAUGGCAGCUUUGAUUGCCAGGGAAAUCCAGGCGAGCAGGAAGCUCUUGUCUCACCCCUUCAUUACUGUGAAACAGUCACUGCUUUGAUGAUCCUGGGCACUGGAGGAUCCUUUGUUUUGAAGAUGUUCACUCUGUUUGAACACUGUUCUAUCAACCUGCUCUUUCUGCUAAACUGCUCUUUUGAGGAGGUCCAUGUCUUUAAACCAGCCACCAGCAAAGCUGGAAACUCAGAGGCCUAUGUGGUUUGCCUUCGCUAUAUGGGCAGAGAAAACCUUCAUCUGCUUCUUCCUAAAAUGACACAGAACUUUGGAACAGAAAUGGUCAACAAAGCUCUUUUCUCCCAGCAUACACUUCCAGAAUCGUUCCUUAAAGCACAUGAAGAGUGUUGCAUGUUCUUCCACAAGUGCCAGGUAGAGACUAUCUCUGAGAAUAUUCGUCUUUUUGAGCACAUGGAAGAAGCAGAGCAGAUGAAACUGAACAAGUUAAGAGACUGUGCAGUUGAGUUCUUCAUGCAAAAGUUCCACAUGAAACCCAUUGGCAGAAAUAACUGGCUUGUCAAGAAAUCCCAGACUGGUUGCAGCAUGAAUGCAAAAUGGUUUGGGCAAAGAAACAAGUAUUUUAGCACAUACAAUGAAAGGAAGAUGAUGGAAACCCUGACAUGGAAUGAUAAAAUGACAAAGGGCUAUUUUAAUCACUGGGCUGAGGAACAUAGUGUAAAUAAUGCUGGGAACAUGUGCAUCCUGGAAGGAUCAUUUUCUAACCUUGAAUGUAGCUUUUGGUACAUUUUGGAAGGAAAAAGGUUGCCGAGAGUAAAGUGUUCUCCAUUUUGUGAUGUUCAGGUCUUAGAAAAUCUUAAUGAAGCUGUGAAGGAGUUGGGUGGGGGGAGGCUGAAAAGCAGAUCAAUGCUGCAGCCUUGUCACUCUUGUGAAGUUCUUCCUGGGGAACUCAUCCUGGCGAAAGUGUCUGAUCUUUCCAGGUGCCAUCAGGAAGUCCUAAAUGAAAGUUGUAGUGACCAAUUCAAGUGCCUUGUGGUGGGCUUUCCCACCCUCUGUGACUCAGAAAGCCAGCCCAGCAUGGAAAUAAAGCCCAUGGACGCAGCCGCGCUGCUGGCUUUCAGCUUCUCCUUGCUGUACGAUGGAGAACCAAAGUACCAGCAGCAGCUUUUGGAGUGUGUUCUGCAUUCGUUGGCGCAGCUGGCAGCAGGAGAUGCCUUGGUUUUGCCUGUUCUCUCCUGCCUGACACGCUUCACAGCCGGCCUGGUGUUCGUCCUGCACUGCUGUUUCAGGAGCGUGGCGUUCGCGUGCCCGACCUCGCGGGAGCCCCUGAGCAGCGGCGCCGCUCUGCUCUGCGUUGGCUUCCGAGGCCUCCCCGCGCCCGUUCUGGACUACCUCCAGCAUCUGAACGCCCUGAUGAGCUCCUUGCUGGACACAGACUCUCCCCAGCAGGUUCUGCAGUUCGUGCCCAUGGAGAUUCUCCUCCAGGGCAAGCUGUUGGAGUUUCUGUGGGAUUUAAACACGGCCAUCGCAAAGAGACAGCUCCACCUGAUUGUGCAAGCUCAGCAGCAGCGAAUGACUAGUGACAUUCCACUUUAAAUAAUUCUAGAACUGCGGGAGUUGUUGCUGCUAGACCUUGUUUCACAGGCAGGCAGAAGGUGUUAAAAAUGUUGUUAAUGUGAAGGUAACAUUAAUGCAAAUCUGGUGUGAUGGUGAAGGUGCUGGCAGGAUGUUUUGAACUUGCAAUCCUAGGUGCACCAUAUUGUAUGUGUAGGAAAUAGGAGAAAAGAAAGCCAGACUUUGAUUUCUGGCCACUGGUCUGGGUGUUUUAGGAUGCAGAAUAACAUAGAAUCUUUGAUUCAAUGGAAGCAAGGGCUGACAAGUGAGCAUAAGCCUCAGAGCCUCCCAUUACCAUCCUUAAAAACUGUCUUUUGACAUCCCUUUAAUUUACACUCAGUUUAAUUCUUAAUGGUGAUGUGGGGGAAAUGCUGUGUAACUUGCCUUACCAUUUUGGAUGGUAUGAAAUGGUGGUGGUUAUGGGUACAUGUCCCCAUUUACCAUUCUUAAACAAGAGCCUCUGAAUUUUCACCUCGUAGCCUUUGAAUAUCAGCUUCUUCUUUAGCACUUCAGUGAGUGAGGACUGAGAUGAAGAUUUCCUUGCCAAAGCCUGAUAAUGGUUUCUCCAUCUCAUUCUUGCAGCUGUUUUGUGAAUGCCAUGCUGAUAUCCUGAGUUCCAGUUCUUUGUGCACUUCAGUCACUUGACAGAAGGAUCAAAUGGAGCUGUUUGUGCCAGAGAAGUGCUCAGCCUCUGGCUGUUCAUUGCUUACUCUUCAGGCAAUAAUUUGGAUUGCCAUCAAGCCCUCUCUUGUGACUUCUUAUGGGUCCAAAGCUGAGCUCAAUUCUCGAGAAUGAAAUUUGCUAAAAGAAUUAGCCAGUGGCUGUAGACACUUAGGCUUGUAACAAGCAGAACCUUUAGGAGACAUUUAAGUGCAGGAAACUUCCACCAGCCCUGAGAGGCUCCAUAACAUGCAGUUGCUGGGAUUUGCCAGCCUUUCCGUGCUAAAAAUCCUUAAAACAAAGGUUUUGAGGUGUUACCACCUGAACAAACAGUUCAUCAGUUGUGCACUGCCUUUCUUGUGCACACAAGUGUGUUCAUGUUUGUGUGGGAACCCUCAGGGCUGUACAGCCAUGAAGCUUUUGUGUUGUAAGUAAUCAGUAUGUGCUUUUGAUGUAAAGGAUGCAUAUAUUUUUUGAAGCAGAAGAAAAAAUGUUGAUUACAUUGCUGCUGUAUAUUUUGAUUUUAUUGAGAAAUGUUAAAAGACUUUUUAUUUAAAAAAAAGGGGGAAAAUGCUGUUUGGAGAAAAUAAAGCCUUUUAUUUUAGAUUUUCA